AUGUCUAUUACUUCUCGGUUCGCAGAGAUCAUCAAAUGGUACCCCAAAGGGAUGCCGUUAGAGGAGAGAAGGCUCGUGCAAAAGAUUGAUUUGCUGGUCCUGGUCUAUGCCUGUUUGGCCUUUUUCACCAAGUACCUCGACGUGUCGGCAUUAAACAAUGCGUACGUGUCCGGCAUGAAAGAGGAUCUUCACCUAACUGGAGACCAGUUGAACUACAUCAACGCGGCCUACGAGGUCGGGUAUACGGUGUUUCAGAUUCCGAGUAACAUUAUCCUCACUCGCAUUCCUGCACACUACUACCUCCCUGGCGCAGAAAUCUUUUGGGGACUCUUUACACUUGGGACAGCGUUUGUGACUGACUACAAGCAACUGGCUGUAAUGCGAUUCUUUGUGGGAUUAAGUGCCACAUCGACCUAUAUCGGUUGUUUGCACGUCAUCAAUUCAUGGUACAAGAAGAAUGAGCUUGGAAAGCGAAACGCCAUAUACUUCUGUGCGAACCCCCUAGGCACAAUGUUUGCAGGAUAUUUGCAAGCUGCAGCAUAUACAAACCUUCACAAUAUGGCUGUUUAUCAUUUGCACGGUCAUCACAAUCCCAAUUGCCUUCGUGUUAGUAUUUUAAGUCCCUCUCUCCCAUACGUUGCUUUGACACGAUAUAGCGGAUUCAUUUUCUUCCCUGACGUUCCGGAACGUACGACAACCCGAUGGCUCACCGACGUAGAAAAGGAGCUGGCACGGACACGUAUCCAGGCCGACGGAUUUCAGAAACGCAUUGGCUUGAAUCGCAGCAUUUGGAAGCGACUCUUCAAGAACUGGAGAAUGUACGCCUUCGUUCUGCUUGGCUUGUCUCUGUCAAACAGUAUUUACGGUGCAGGUCUUCCCUUCAUCCUCUGGCUCAAAUCUCAGCCAGAGAGGUACGACACUGCAAUGGUCAAUAACCUGGGCACUGUCUCUUCAGCUGUCACGGUCGUGUCUGCCAUUAUUGUGGCCUUUUGGAUUGAUCUACGCCAGAAGAGGUAUCAGCCUGCACUUCUUUUUGCCAUUCUGCUCAUCUUCUCCAACGUUGUUCUCACAGUUUGGGACGUACCGUACGGGCUUCACUUCUUUGCCUACCUCGCCCUUGGAGCAGGCGUUGGCGGCUUUCCAGUUGUCUCAACUUGGAUUGCGGAUGUUUUCUCUGAGGAUGCGGAAGCUCGUGCCAUCGUAUUUGCUGUGAGAAAUACGUUGGGAGAGGUUUGUAGUUUGGUUGUCCCACUGGUUGCUUGGCCUGUAUCACACGGACCGAAGUUCAGGGGGGGCUACAUCUGGGUAAGCAUUUCCUUCUGUUAUUUUGACUUGUAG